AUGGAAACGAACCUGUAUCGAAUCGAUGGUCAGGAAGAGACGCUGUAUCUCCCAGGAGGAUACGCAGGACUGUAUUUGGUUAUGAAUCAGAGUAACCGCGAACACGAGUUCAAAUCGCGAAACACUGAUGCACACACUUUUGAAGAGCUCAUGAAAGUGGAUAUGGAAAAUGGCGCCAGUGCAAGUCAUUUUCGAGUUGUAGCGAGUUUCACCUUCAACUUCGACAUAUUGAAGAGUGAACUUUGGGAUCGAUACACGAUAAACUGGAAAUACAAAAUCGGCGGAUACAGUGUCCUCACAGCGCCCAACGAGUUCAUCGCACGAGUUUUGAUAAAUAUCUGUCCAUACUCGAAGGAAGAAAUCUACGAGAUGCUCCUGACAACCGACAAUACGAUGGUUUUCUUGAUGACUCAGAUGCUCAAAGAUUUAAGCGUCAAGGAAGCACAAGAAGUGGUCUCGAUGCCAACUCAAGUUGCCCUGUCAUUUCCUUAUUAUGCGACUCGGCGGUACUACCGCUCCACGAUCUUUCUCCUCGACAAUUUUCCCAAUCUCGAGCUGAAUUUCUGCAGCCUCUUUCACAACAGCCCUGGGUUGGUUUUCAAGCCGCUGAUUGAGCGUCUUCUUGAAAGAGGCCUGAAUCCCUUCAUUGCUCCGAAGUACGGUGCGAUCGAUCCGACUUUCGUGAACUGGUAUCUUUACGAAUACGCCUUCGAUGCGCACGAGGAUUUGAAAGAUUGCAGGCUGAAGAAGGAGAUGUACUUCCGCGUAGAUUCUUUCACCCAGUACAAGGAGGAAAUCGAGCAACUUGAGAUCUACGAUAAGCUGGUUAAAAAAUACGUCACAGGACACGGACCAGAUGGAACUGCUCUGACAACUACGUAUACUUCAUGGUACGACAUUGAAUGCAACGAAAGCUGCACUGUAUGUUGCAAUCAGGCAAUUCCCUCGAUGAGGCAUUUCUUUGGUCAACUCAUCAAGAAGAACAAGGUUCUCGGGCAUGGAGGACAAGGAUCUGUCUACGAAUGCACCUGGCACGGUGAAAAAGCAGCGGCGAAAUUCAUCCCCAACCGAGGAGUUCACAUAGCCAAGACUCUACAAAAAGCCCCUGAACAGCUCAUGGAUCCGAUGCGAGAAAAGAAAAUGAAGCAGUACUUCACAAGCCAGGCUUCUGAGUUUUACAUCGGACGCAAGAUCAAACAUCCUCAUGUCUUGCGAAUGCUCGACUUUUUCUUGCAGCAUAAAAACGGCGUGGACGAGUUCGUCAUUGUCUCCGAACUUUGCGAUGCAACUUUGAGCCAGAUCGAGUUCAAUAUGUCAUCGUUUAUGGAAUACUUUCGGCUUCUUUCCACUCGACUUGGGGACUUCGGAAUGGCUGGGAUUAUCGGAGGAACUCCGCUCUUCGUGGCUCCGGAAGUAUCAAGAAAAUCCAUCCCGUAUCUAUCGGAUAUCUACUCCCUGGGCAUCUCGAUUCUAUUUACAGUUUUUGAGAUACAGUUGGCUUUCAAGCUCUAUCUCGUCCCAGUUGACAACAAGAUCCUCCAAGUUGCCAAGAAAAAAAUACAGGAAAACGAGCUUGUGCGAUUCAUAGCACGAAUGAUCUCCGACGAUCCGACAAAACGGCCGAGCAUAGAAGAAGUUGAAGAUUUCUUAGGAGGGCAGAAAUACUCUGAAAAGAAUUCAGAAAGAAUAAUAACAGCGAAAGAUCUCGGAAUCAACAAACACCUACAGGUGAUUAGAAGGGACUCGUCUGACGAUGUAAAGCGCAGAGCAGACAAAUUCAAGCAAAAUCCGUUUUCCAACGUAAAAAUUAUGAAUUCACUUCAUCAUUUGUCUUCGUACGCAGAAUUAUCAAAGACAACAAAAGCGAUCAGCAAACGAGUUCACGACCAGGGUGACUCAUUCAAAUGCUGGGCUUUCUCAACUGCCAGCAUGCUUCGAUCUUCCCUUCGUGAAACAAUCAAAGCGCUUACGAAUUUUUCCAAGGAAGAAAAAACUGAGCUUUUGGCUGUUAUUGAUGAUCCAUCGCACCACAAGACUUUACGAUCGGAAUUAAUGAUGAACGUAAUUCCGACCAAAAUGAAUGCGAACGAGGAUGAAAUUCAAGCAGCAAUGCUUCAUCACGUGAUGCAACGACUCUCACGGCCUACAUUACUCCAGCGAGAAGGGAUUCACCUCCUUGGCAGCUUGAAACCGAUCUUUGAACGAAUCGGACAGGUUCAACCAGUUCUGGAAAUCUACUCCCAUCCAAGUGAAUACGACGAGCAUGCAGCAGAACUGCGUCAAUUUGGAAUUAUCGGCGAUUUUUUCGACGCCCUAGAUUACAAAAAAACCCUCGUUUGCCCAGUCAACACUGGAUUGAUGAACGUAAAACAUGCAAUGUGCCUCUACGAAUUCAAUGAAAACGAUCAUACAUUCGUCUUCAAAAACAGCUCGUCAGAAGUGACAACGAUAACACUUCCGCUUGGAGCAUCUGAGGAAAAGCUUGAAGAACAACUGUACCAAAUCGAUAUCAAGGAAGAGACCCUUUAUCUUCCUGGAGGCUAUGCAGGUCUUUAUUUGGUCAUGAACCAAAGUAAUCGAGAGAACGAGUACAAGUCACAAAACACUGACCCUCACACUUUUGAAGAACUCAUGAAAAUAGACUUGGAAAAUGGCGCCAGUGCAAGUCAUUUUCGCGUGGUUGCCAGCUUUACGUACAACUUUGAAAUUCUGAGAAAUGAACUUUGGGAUCGAUAUCCAAUUAAUUGGAAGUACAAAAUUGGUGGAUACACAAUUUUUACGGCGACAAAUGAGUUCAUUAUUCGGAUUUUGUUCGGGAAAAGCCCAUAUUCCAACGAAGAAAUCUAUGAAAUGAACGUUUCGGCAGAUGAGACCAUGGUCUAUUUGAUGACCAAAAUGCUGGAAGAUCUCUCAGUCGAUGAAGCCCAAGAAGUGAUCUCAAUGCCGACACAGGUCGCGCUCUCCUUUCCAUACUACGCGAGCCGACAUUAUUAUCGCUCAACAAUUUUUCUGUUGGACAACUUUCCGAAUCUCAACUUGAAUUUCUGCGGCUUUUUUGCGAACAACGCCGGGAUCAUUUUCAAGCCGCUCAUGCGAAGACUUCUGCAAAGGGGCUUGAAUCCGUUCAUCGCGCCGAAGCAUGAUAAAGUGGAGCCGAGUUUUGUCAACUGGUAUUUGAUGGAGUACGCUUUCGAAGCUCACGAGGAAUUGAAAGAUUGCAGGCUGGAGAAAGACGUCUACUUCGAAACCAGCUCAUUUCAACAAUACCAGAAGGAAAUCGAGGAGCUAGAUAUUUACGACGAAUUGAUCAAAAAAUACGUAACUGGAUAUGCGAGCGACGGUACAGCUCUAACAACCACUUACAACUCGUGGUACGACAUAAAGUGCAAUCCGGACUGCGCUGAAGAUUGCAAUCAGUCCAUUCCAUCCAUGCGACACUUUUUCGGGCAGCUCAUUGAGAAAAAGAACCUUCUCGGGAACGGAGGUCAAGGAUCAGUCUACAAAUGCUCCUGGCAUGGCGAACAAGCAGCCGCCAAAUUCAUUUCUAAUCGAGGAAUCCAUCUUCAAGAAUUCCUACGAACGAAGCCUGAAAAACUGAUGAACGCACUACGAGAGAAGAAAAUGAGGCAGCUCUUCACAAGCCAGGCUUCUGAGUUUUACAUUUGCAGGGAAAUGCAGCAUCCAUUUGUUCUGAGAAUGUUCGACUUUUUCUUGCAGCAUCGAAAUGGUGUCGACGAGUUCGUCAUUGUCUCCGAACUUUGUGAUGCAACACUGAACCAGAUUGAGUUUAAUAUGUCAUCUUUCAUGAACUAUUUUCUACAGGUCGCGGAUGCAAUCAAAUCCAUUGGAGAAAAAGGACUUUCACAUGGUGACGUAAAGCCCGAAAAUAUUCUUCUCAAACGAGAUGAAGCUGGGGAACUUUCCGUCAGACUAGCUGAUUUCGGGCUGGCCGGAAUCGUUGGCGGAACUCCUCUAUUCAUGGCGCCGGAAGUCCUGAAAAAAUCGAUACCACUUUUUUCCGACAUCUACUCUUUGGGAAUAUCGAUACUGUUCACUGUUUUUGAGAUACAGUUGGCCUUCAAACUGUACCUCAUUCCAGUUGACAGCAACGUCCUCCGGACGGCAAAAUUGAUAGCGCACGAAAAUGACUUGAUAAGUUUCAUUUCGAAAAUGAUCGCCGAUGAUCCACAAAAACGACCAAGCAUUGAAGAAAUCGAAGAAUUUUUGACCAUCCAGCGCGUCACACAAAGCAGAGACAGAAAAAUUACAGCGAAGGAUCUCGGAAUCAAGGAGGACUUGCAAAUCAUAGAAAGGAGUAUUUCGAAUGACGUGAAGCGGAGAGCCGAGAGAUUCGAGCACUGUCCGUUUUCGAGAGUGAAUAUUAUGAACUCAUUGAAUCAUUUGACGUCUUAUGAAGAAUUAUCGAAGGCCGGAUAUUUUUAA